CUCACUGUUGUUUAACUGUGACACAGGGAUUUACGAGGGGUACGCGAAGGCAACUGAAAGGGGCGGGAACUUUGCGUAAGCGUCCACCAUUAUUCAGGUUCAGGGCAGCGUGUGGAGGAACCACAUAGUCGUUGUUUAACACAAACAAAGUCAAACGGGUUGUUUUUGUUGUUGUUGUUGUUGUUGUUGUUUUAGCGGCACUUCUUUCGUCCUCUUGUCCGGAGUAAAGCGGCGUCAUGUCCGGCAGUUGGUGGAGCAGCGCGGCGGUCACUCACGGGCUGAUCGCUCUGUUCGCAAUGGGCUCGUGGAUUUCCGUCAACAGUCUGUGGGUCGAGCUUCCGGUGGUUGUCCGGGUGAUGCCCGAAGGAUGGAACCUGCCUGCCUAUCUCUCAGUGCUGAUAGCGUUCGGGAACAUCGGUCCAAUAGCAGUGACCAUCACACACCACUGCGCUCCGGGACGUUUAAACGAACGCCUCGUCAUCCACUGCAUCCAGGUGGUGGCGGUGGUGGCGUCCGCUCUUCUGGCGAUCUUCUGGUCACACACUGUCACGAUAGCUGGAGAAGAAAGGUCGCUGCUGUUCCUGCUCUUCACCUUUGUGUUGUCUUUGGUCUGUUGCACAUCCAACGUCACCUUCUUGCCUUUCAUGUUUCGUUACCCGCCUCAGUAUAUCCGUACUUUCUUCAUCGGCCAGGGCUUCAGUGCGUUGUUCCCUUGCGUCGUGGCGUUAGGGCAGGGCGUUGGCAAGCUGGAGUGUAAAAACGUGAACGGCACCGUGAAGCCAGAGUAUUUAGACCAGAACUUCCCUGCGCAGAACUUUUUCUGGUUCUUGUGUGCCAUGCUGUUGAUCUCAUCUCUGAGUUUCUGGGCUUUAACGCGAAGACAGACGGAGUCGCAGGAAGAUGCGCCGUCACAGGAGCCCGACGAAGCAGCAGCAGCAGCCAAAAACGGAGAGGAAACGCACCCGCUGCACAACGGAGGGUCGCCGCUGUCCGAGGAGCAGACGCAGGUGGAGGAGCAGCCACCUGCGCAGACAUUUUGGACACGGAGGAACAUCGGCCUGCUGUCGCUGCUCGCCGUCUCCAACGCCCUCACCAACGGGGUCCUGCCGUCUGUGCAGAGUUUCUCCUGUUUGCCUUAUGGCACCAUGACCUUUCACCUGUCUGUGGUCCUUGGCAACAUAGCGAACCCCCUGGCCUGCUUUCUAGCCAUGUUUGUUGUCCUGAGGUCCUCCGCUGGUCUGGGCUUCUUGUCUUUAGGAGGGGGAGUGUUCGCUGCAUAUCUCAUGGCGUUAGCGGCUCUCAGCCCCUGUCCUCCACUCCUGGGAAACACUAGUGGUGUGGCUUUAGUGGUCAUCUCCUGGAUUAUUUUCACCGGCCUCUUCUCUUAUGUGAAGGUGGUGAUCGGGACUUUGCUUCAUGAGGCAGGUCACGCUGCCCUGCUGUGGUGCGGUAUCUCUAUCCAGGCCGGCUCCCUUAUCGGAGCGCUCACCAUGUUCCCUCUGGUCAACGUCUACCACGUGUUCUCCCGCGCCCAAGAAUGUGUGGAUAACUGCAGUUAGCAGGAGGGAGACGUUUAUAUGAAGUCUCUUUUUUAACAGACAACGCGUUCCCAUUUAUUCGUUAUGGGAAAUGACUGUUCUAACCCUGUUUUUGGAGGGUUUCCUGUCCUUGAGAGAAGCACCGUAUCUGUCUUUCAUGCCACAAAUGAGGCAUCCCUCCUGAUUCAGAGGCCUCUGCUUGAGCCUGUAAAAGUAAAAACAUGCCCAGAUAAUGGGAGCAUUGUGUUUGCCGCACAUUGGCCAAGGGGAUGUGAAAAUGCGUAUGAAUGCAGUAAUACCACAAGUGCUUUGUGCGGUAUUUUAUAAAGGAUCUCUGUAGUUGAAUUUUGUUUACAGUAGCAAAAAAACAGCAGCUGAUGGAUUUUGUUCCCAUUACAACGAACCAUGUGAAAAUAUAUUUGCUCAGGGACACACAGAUUCACUUAUCCAUCCACGUGUGUUGCUCCUGAAUCUAAUUGAUGAGGAAUAUUCACACUGUUAUUAAUAAUAUUCACACUACAGCCAUGUCUCUUCCGAAAGGAGAGUAGUGUUUGAAGUGUAAAUGUUUAGCUACCUCUGCCCUUUGAUUCUGUGUAAAACGUGAUUAUACUUACAGUUUUAUCAAAGGCAGAUUUGCAGUUUGAUUGCGUUGAAGUCAGUAUUAGGAAAAUGGUCAUUUAUAAUGCAGUUACUUUAUAACAUACAGUUCAGAGAUGCAGUGACAUUCCUUGAUUUUUUUUUAUGCCAAAAUUGCUUUGAUUUUUUAAUUUUAAUUUAAUAUUCUUUUAGGUUUGACUGUGUUUCAACAUUUUUAUGUGAUUUACUAUGAUUUUGGAUCUGUAUUCAUUCCAAAUAUACAGUAAUGUUAUGAUACCUUAAGGGAACAAUAUCUGGCCUUAAUACUGUAAGAAAUAGUAAUGAGUGAACUGGUUUUGGUAAACAAGGGAUUACGUCAUCUCAGUCAAAUAAUAAUAAUGUAUAUCUUUGAUGUGCACUAAUACCUUUUUAAGGUAAUGUUAUUAACCUUGCUGCUACAGUAUAUCAGAUUUAAUAACUUCACUAAAGUCUAAAGAAGUUUACAGAGGAAGGAUAUCUGUUAACAUUGCCUUAACUUUAUGGUUGUAGUCCUGCUGUUUUAAUUUAUCGGUUAAAUUAUGUGCUGAUUUUAAAUUGAUUCAUGUUUGGACAGUUAAGUGAUUGUGCUUUUUCAUGACUGUGGACAUAUUAUGUUGAUUUUUUGUUGUUGUUGAUUGCCCUGCAUACAACAACAUGUGACAUCAAGUGACUGAUAAGUGAAAUGACUGGUGAACAAUAAAGAUUUGUUG